UAAAAUUGACAAACACUGCCAAUGUCUGAAAAACACAUUUUAAAAUUGUUUUUAGUUUUGGCACUGAUAUUUAAUACCUUGCACAACAUAAAUGGCCUAUCAGCUAUACAAGUGCCAAACUCAAAUGAAGGAGAUGCGAACAAAUCUCCGGAAGCAAGUGAAAACUCUCUUAGAAAUGCAAUAGAAUCCUUAAACGGAAAAGUAAUACAAAAUGAUCCUGAAAUUCAACUACCCGUCGAGCAAAUGCAGUAUGAUAGCUUGGAUGAUAUUCAGUAUAUUGACGAGAAUGUUUCUCAGCGGUCCAUAGUUCGGGGAAAGAAGAACAUUAAGCAAUGGGACCACUGGGUAAAGGAAGUAAUAAAGGGAAAUGGUCCGACUGUAGUGUAUCUUGCGGAGUAGGAAAAACAGUUAGAUGGCGACAUUGUGUAUCCGAUGGUUGCGCCGAUGGUGAAAAAGAGGCUCAAAUAAGAACGUGCACAAUGAGUCCAUGUGGAUAAACGCCUUUAUUUUCUUUCCUUGUAACUACGAAAUUUAUAUUAAUACCUCGAUACUCAUAGGAAAUAUUUAAAUGGAUGAUUGCAUAGUUUUAUGGAUUUCAUUAUUUUCGCUCAAUUUAAUGUCAGAAAUAAGAAUUGUAGAUAGUAGAUAAAAUCAUUAUUGUUUUGGAGGAUAUUAGGAAACUGACCCUAAUGGCUCUGGUUCAAAGAAAGUUAAAAAUUACGAUUUGACUAUGACGAGAUAUGCAGGGUUGCAACGAGUUGAAAUUAUUAGAAACGCCAAUAAAGAAAAUCAAUUUUUACA